AUGUCUGACUAUGAGGAUGAAAUGGACGUUGACGCCCCGGCGUCAAAGGACAUCACCUUCUCUUCCGACGCCAAGCAGGGCAAGCGAAGCGCCGCCAACCUCCCCGUCGAGGCCGAAGACAGCCUGCCAUGGGUUGAAAAGUAUCGCCCUGUAAGUCUGGCCGAUGUUUCGGGUCAUCAGGACAUCCUCGCUACAAUCAACAAAUUCGUUGACUCGAACCGCCUACCCCAUCUUCUGCUGUACGGCCCUCCGGGAACGGGCAAGACCUCGACGAUCCUUGCACUUGCACGACGCAUCUACGGUGCCGAGAAUAUGCGACAGAUGGUUCUGGAACUCAACGCUUCCGACGACCGGGGUAUCGACGUCGUGCGUGAGCAGAUCAAGACGUUCGCCUCGACGAAACAAAUCUUCACGCUGGGCCCCUCAGCCAAGUCGGGCGGCGGCGGCAUGGCGUCCUACAAGCUCAUCAUCCUCGACGAGGCCGACGCCAUGACCAACACGGCGCAAAUGGCGCUGCGCCGCAUCAUGGAAAAGUACACCGUCAACACCCGCUUUUGCAUCAUUGCAAACUACUCGCACAAGCUCUCCCCCGCGCUGCUGUCGAGAUGCACGAGGUUCAGGUUCAGCCCAUUAAAGGAGCGCGAUAUCAGAGUAUUGGUGGACAAGGUUAUUGAGGAGGAGCACGUCAAGAUUUUGCCCGACGCAACGGACGCGCUGGUGAAGCUGAGCAAGGGUGACAUGAGAAGGGCGCUGAACGUGCUUCAGGCGUGCCAUGCAUCAAGUACACCCCUCCAACCCAAAGACGCCCCCAAGGUCGCGGAGAGCGACAUCGUGAGGGAAACCAUUACCACAGAGACGAUAUACAACUGCAUUGCCGCACCGCAACCUGAAGCCAUCCAGGAGAUCCUUGAUACCCUCCUAAGCACGACUGACGUGACCUCUUGCCUGACGACCAUUAACUCGCUCAAGGUAUCGCGAGGUCUGGCGCUGGCGGACAUCAUCACGGCGCUGUCCGAGCAGCUGGCUACGUUGGAGGUCAAGCCGGAAGUAAUGAUCAAGUGGCUAGAUGGGCUCGCGGAUAUUGAGCACCGUGUGUCGGGCGGAGGUAGCGAGGCUGUGCAGACGGGUGCGGUGGUGGGCGUCAUAAGGGGGGGCGCCGAGCUGAUGAGCAAAUAA